AUGAGUUCCAAUAAUAUUUUCUUAAAUCUGAAUGAAGUUUCGAAGAGACACCAAGUUUACAAUGACACAUUACCGGCUCAAAAACUGGAUAAUUUAUAUUUGUUCGAUACUUCUCUAACAGCUGAUAAGAAUUUGAAAAAUUUAAGUUUAUCUGCUUUGAAACAACCUGCUACAUUAGGACAUGUUUUUAUUUAUAAUGAGAUAUUCUUAGAAGUAGUUUCACGCUGGGUAUUCCAAAUGGAAAGAUCAUCUUCUGUAGAAGUAUUCGAUGCUGUUGCUAGAACAAUCACUGUUUAUCCUUUAUCUCAACCAUUUAUUGAAGAUUUUUUAGAUCGAGAAAAUGAGCGCUUUAUUACCAUUUUACAAAACCCAUCUUCCCAAGAUGAAAAAAAUUUGCAUAAAAUUUUAUUAGCAUACUAUAGACUAUUAUACCAUAACACCGAUAUUUUCACUAAAUAUAUUAAUCCGGAUAUUUUAUAUACCCUUAUUUCUAAGAAUGAUGUAAGUGAUUUGAUUAAAUUUUUGACGAUAAAAGUUUUGGGUUACUAUUUAAAUAUGGCAGAACAUGCAUUCACCAACACUUUAAAAACACACAUUCCUCAUGAUGACCCAAUUAAUGGUUUUUAUGAAUAUGAUACCAAUGUAAAUUAUAGAUUUUUAGAAUUAAAUGAAGCUAAGAGAUUUUCUGAAUAUUCCAAAUUACCUCAAAUUACCGAAACAUUUAUUAAAGACACCACAAAUGAAUAUUUUACCAUUGAUCCACAAUUCUUAACGAAACAAGUAGUAUCUAUAUGUGGUGUAAUUGUCCCAAGAUCAACUUCUGAAUUUAAUUCCUCACUAUCUACAAAAGAUCCCUCCUCUGAAUUUACCUGGGUACCAACUGAUAAAGCUAUAUCCACCUUACGUAAAUUAGGCUCUUCAAUACAAAAGUCAAAUCCUGUUAUGCUAAUUGGUAGAGCCGGUGCAGGUAAAACGUUUCUGAUUAAUGAAUUAAGUAAGUAUGUUGGUUGCCAAGAUUCAAUAGUUAAGAUUCAUUUAGGAGAACAAACCGAUGCCAAAUUAUUAAUCGGUACUUAUACUUCUGGUGAAAAGCCUGGUACUUUUGAAUGGAGAAAUGGUGUUCUAACAACAGCUGUAAAAGAAGGAAGAUGGGUCUUAAUUGAAGACAUUGAUAAGGCACCAACCGAAGUACUUUCUAUUCUUUUAACUUUAUUAGAGAAACGUGAAUUAACAAUUCCAUCAAGAGGCGAGGUUGUAAAAGCUGCCAAUGGGUUUCAAUUAAUUUCUACCGUUCGUGUUUCUGAAGAAAAUGUAAAAAAAGGUAAAGAUUUAGAAUAUGUGCCUAACAUUAUCGGUAUGAGAAUUUGGAAAACAAUUUAUUUAGAAGAGCCAUCUAAUGAUGAUCUUUAUUCCAUUCUGUCUAAUAAUUAUAAAGUUUUAUCUCUAUUAAUACCCAAAUUAAUUAAAACAUAUGAAGAUAUUAAAAACGUUUACUUAGACCCAAGAUUUAUAUCUCUUAACAGAGGUGCUCAUUCAAGAACAGUAUCUGUGAGAGAUUUAGUGAAGCUUUGUAAAAGGUUAAACAUAUUGUUUGAAAAUAAUGGCAUUACUAAACCUAAUCAAUUGAUAGAAACUACUAUUUACGAUAACAUCUUCGCAGAAGCUGCAGAUUGUUUCGCCGGUGCUAUUAGUGAACCUAGGGCUUUAGAGCCAUUAAUUCAUGUAAUUGGUACCUCAUUAGAAAUACCGGCAUCUCGUAUUAAUUUAUUCUUAACUAAGCAUAUUCCUAAUUUUGAAACUAAUGAUGAUACUAUUAAAAUUGGUAGGGCUGUUCUAAAUAAGUCUCAGUUGUCAUUACAAAGAAAAUCUAUGAAUAGCACAUCGUUUGCUACAACAAACCAUUCUUUACGAUUAAUGGAGCAAAUUUCAUUAGCUGUUCAAAUGUCUGAGCCAGUACUUCUUGUUGGUGAAACCGGUACUGGGAAAACUACGGUUGUACAACAAAUUGCAAAACUAGUAAAUAAACCUUUAACUGUUAUAAACGUUUCUCAACAAACUGAAACUGGUGAUUUACUGGGUGGAUACAAGCCAGUAAACUCAAAAACUGUAGCUAUUCCCAUUCAAGAAAAUUUUGAAACUCUAUUUGCUGCAACUUUCUCUGUCAAAAAGAAUGAGAAAUUUUACAAAAUGCUUCAUAGAUGCUUUAAUAAGAAUCAAUGGAAAAACGUCGUUAGAUUGUGGAAUGAAGCUUUUAAGAUGGCUAAAAGUAUUUUAGAUAUGAAUAACGACUCUACUGUAGUCAACGAGAAGAAAAAGAAACGCAAACUUCAUUCAAAUGAUAAAAAGUUAUUGUUUGAAAAGUGGGUUGUAUUUCAAGAUAUGGUCAGAAAGUUUGAAGCCCAAGCUAGCACACUGGAAGGCUCUUUUAUUUUUAAUUUCGUCGAAGGUUCUCUUGUGAAAGCUGUUAGAAAUGGUGAGUGGUUAUUACUGGAUGAAGUUAAUCUUGCUUCUGCAGAUACAUUAGAAAGCAUUUCUGAUUUAUUAUCUGAAGCUAACUCUAGAAGUAUUCUUUUAUCCGAAAAAGGUGACGCAGAACCUGUAAAGGCUCAUCCUGAAUUUAGAAUCUUUGCUUGUAUGAACCCUGCAACUGACGUUGGUAAGAGAGAUUUACCAUCUGGUAUCAGGUCAAGAUUUACUGAAAUUUAUGUACAUUCACCAGACCGUGAUAUCAAUGAUUUGUUAACGAUUAUUGAUAGAUAUAUUGGAAAAUACAGUGUUAGUGAUGAGUGGGUUGGGAAUGAUAUUGCUGAACUUUAUAUCGAAGCUAAGAAAUUAGCUGAAGAUAAUAUUAUCGUUGAUGGUGCAAAUCAAAAACCUCAUUUUAGUAUCCGUACUCUAACAAGAACUUUGCUGUAUGCUUGUGAUAUUAUUCCAAUUUAUGGCUUGCGCCGUUCCUUGUAUGAUGGGUUUUGUAUGAGUUUUCUCACUUUAUUAGAUCAAAAAUCUGAAAAUAUGUUAAUACCUAUAAUUGAAAAAUAUACAGUUGGAAGAUUAAAAAACAUGAAAUCUGUUAUGUCACAGGCUCCAAUGUCGCCUGGGGAAGAUUAUAUUCAAUUCAAGCAUUAUUGGAUGAAGAAAGGUAACGAAGAAAUACAAGAUCAAGCUCAUUACAUCAUUACUCCUUUUGUUGAGAAAAAUUUGUUAAAUCUGGUGAGAGCCACAUCAGGUAAGAGAUUUCCUAUCCUUGUUCAAGGUCCAACCUCUGCUGGUAAAACAAGUAUGAUUAAACAUCUUGCAGAUGUCACUGGUCACAAAUUCGUGCGUAUUAAUAAUCAUGAGCAUACUGACUUGCAAGAAUAUCUUGGUACCUAUGUUACAGAUGAUACCGGAAAAUUAUCAUUCCGUGAAGGUAUAUUGGUGGAAGCACUAAGAAAAGGGUAUUGGAUUGUUCUCGAUGAGCUAAAUUUAGCACCAACUGAUGUCCUUGAAGCAUUGAAUAGAUUAUUGGAUGAUAAUAGAGAAUUAUUCAUACCUGAAACACAAGAGGUAGUUCAUCCUCACCCUAACUUCAUGCUAUUUGCUACUCAAAAUCCUCCAGGUAUUUAUGGGGGACGUAAAGUUCUUUCAAGAGCUUUCAGAAAUCGUUUUUUAGAGUUACACUUUGAUGAUAUCCCACAAGAUGAGUUAGAAAUUAUCCUUCGUGAACGUUGCCAAAUCGCCCCUUCUUAUGCCAAGAAAAUUGUUGAAGUAUAUAGACAACUUUCUAUUGAGCGUUCAGCUUCUCGUUUAUUUGAACAAAAGAAUAGUUUUGCCACAUUACGUGACUUGUUCCGCUGGGCUUUGCGUGAUGCUAUAGGCUACGAAGAAUUAGCAGCCAAUGGGUAUAUGCUACUUGCUGAACGGUGUAGAACUACUCAAGAAAGAGUUCUCGUUCAAAAUGUCUUACAAAAAGUGAUGAAAGUUAAAUUGAAUAUGCAAUCCUACUACUCAUCUUUGGAAAACAAAGAUCUAUAUUCAAUUCCUAGCAGUGUGAUUUGGACAAAUGCAAUGAAACGUUUGGCUGUACUAGUUGAGUCUUGUUUAAAGAAUAACGAGCCUGUCUUAUUAGUUGGUGAAACUGGUUGUGGUAAAACAACAAUUUGCCAAUUGUUAUCAGCGUUUAUGGGAAAAGAAUUAAUUUCGUUAAAUGCUCAUCAAAAUACAGAAACUGGUGAUAUUCUUGGAGCUCAGAGACCAGUACGUAACAGAUCAGAAUUACAGUAUAAACUUAUCAACAAAUUAAAAGAGGUAUUACAGUUACCAACGGAUGAAAUUGAAGGACUUGACGUUGACACAAUGUUUGAACUUUAUGAAAAAUCAGAUAAAUCACUUAUUUCUGAAGUUAAUAUUCAAUAUAUCAAAAAUUGUAAAGAAAAAUUGAAUAUUCUGUUUGAAUGGUCUGACGGUCCACUAAUCCAGGCUUUAAAGGCUGGUAACUUUUUUUUACUGGAUGAAAUUUCUUUAGCAGAUGAUUCUGUUCUAGAGAGACUUAACAGUGUUUUGGAACCAGAGAGAAGUUUGCUAUUGGCCGAAAAGGGAUCAUCUGAUAGUUUAAUAACUGCUAAGGAAGGCUUUCAAUUUUUUUCUACAAUGAAUCCAAGUGGUGAUUAUGGUAAAAAAGAACUUUCUCCCGCUUUGAGAAACCGUUUCACUGAGAUUUGGGUACCAUCUAUGGAGGACUUCAAUGAUGUGAAAUUAAUAGUUAGUUCCAAACUCUCCCCUCCAUUAAAAGAACAUGCAAACUCAAUUGUUGAUUUUUCAGAAUGGUUUGCAAAAAAAUUUGGUGGUGGUAAUGUAACAAGCGGUGUGAUUUCUUUACGUGAUAUUUUAGCCUGGGUUGAAUUUAUGAAUAAGUCCUUUACAAAGGUAAAUAAUGGGGCUGCUGUAUUAACUCAUGGUGCAUUAAUGGUUUUCAUUGAUGCUCUUGGUACUAAUAAUACUGCAUAUCUGGCAGAAAAUGAAUCUCAUCUCAAAUCUUUAAAACUUGAAUGUAUCAGCGUCCUAUCUAAAAUAUCUAAUAUUAAAAUCUCCCAUUAUAUCUAUAAUAAAAUUGAUGUUGCUUUUUCUCCAGAUACAUUAACAAUAGGCUUAUUUUCCUUAAAUAGAAACAUCGAUGAGUGUUCCAUUCCAGCAUUUGAUUUGAAUGCUCCAACUACUGCAGCAAACAUGAUGCGAGUAGUACGUGCAAUGCAAGUACAUAAACCUAUCCUAUUAGAAGGGAGCCCUGGUGUCGGUAAAACAAGUUUGAUUACAGCAUUGGCUGAGAUGACUGGUAACAAACUGACCCGUAUUAAUUUAUCUGAACAGACCGAUCUUGUAGAUUUAUUUGGUUCAGAUGCUCCUGGUGAAAAAACUGGAGAAUUCGUCUGGAGAGAUGCUCCAUUUUUGAGAGCUAUGCAAAAAGGUGAAUGGGUUUUGUUAGAUGAAAUGAAUUUAGCUUCCCAGUCUGUAUUAGAAGGUCUGAAUGCAUGUCUUGACCAUCGUGGUGAGGCGUAUAUCCCCGAGUUGGAUAAGUCUUUUAGUUGUCAUCCUAAUUUCAUUGUUUUUGCCGCCCAGAAUCCUCAAUAUCAGGGUGGUGGUAGAAAAGGUUUGCCAAAGUCAUUUGUUAACAGAUUUAGUGUAGUUUAUGUCGACAUGCUAACUGCCAAUGAUUUGUUGCUUAUUGCUCAUCACUUGUAUCCAAAAAUAAACAAAGAAAUAAUAUCUAAAAUCAUUAAAUUAAUAUCUACUGUGGAAGACGAGGUGACUAAGAAAAAACUUUGGGGUUCGGCAGGUACACCAUGGGAAUUUAAUCUAAGAGAUACCCUAAGGUGGCUGAAACUAUUAAAUAAGCCGUCUAUAUGUGGUGAAACUGUCAUGGAUUUUGUUAACAUUGUUAUCCAACAGAGAUUUAGAACUGAUGAUGAUAGACAAAGGGCCCAACUUUUAAUUACUAAUAUUUUUGGUGACUUCGAAACAAGGGAUAAUUAUUAUAAGAUUGAUGAAGAUAUAGUACAAAUUAAUAGCACCUUCUCAACCAGAAACAAAUUAUAUCAAUAUCCAAACUCCCAAAAAUUAAUUCACUUACAGUGUAACAACAGAGUCUACGAAUCUGCCUUAAAAUGUAUUAAUAAUAAUUGGCCUCUUAUCUUGACAGGCCCUACAGGAUCAGGGAAGACUGAUAUUAUUAAAUUUUUAGCCUCCAUUUUAGGUGCCAAAUUGGACUUCUUUUCAAUGAAUAGUGAUAUUGAUAGCAUGGAUAUUCUGGGUGGUUACGAACAGGUUGAUUUAACAAGGAAAAUAUCCUAUAUAUCUAAUGACUUAAAAACUUAUAUCACUGAAAUUAUUUCCUUAAACCUGGGGCUAAAAAUACUCCAACCCGAAGCAAUCAUUGCUGCUUUCGAUUUAUUACAUUUCAUAUCAAAAACCGUUAUAACAACUUCCAAUUUUUCAGUGUUUCAUGCGAAAUUUAACAUAUUAUCUCAGUUUUUAAACUCUAAUAAUGAAUGGGAUCACUUUAUUGAACGUGUUAACAGAAUGUCUAGUAUAAUAUCUAAAGAAGAAUCAAUUAGAUUUGAAUGGUUUGAUGGUAUGCUUAUUGAGGCUGUUGAAAAGGGCCAUUGGCUAGUCUUAGAAAAUGCUAAUUUAUGCUCUCCAUCCGUUUUGGAUAGAUUGAAUUCUCUUCUAGAAGAUGGUGGAUCACUAAUCAUUAAUGAAUGCAGUUUCGAGGAUGGCAAACCUCGAGUUUUAAAUCCUCACCCUAAUUUUCGAUUAUUUUUAACAGUAAACCCCAAGUAUGGUGAACUUUCUAGGGCAAUGAGAAAUAGAGGUGUAGAAAUAUAUGUCGAUGAAUUAAAAAACAGACUCUCUAUAUUUGAUUCCAACUCAUUAAAGGAAAGUGUUUUAUUAAAGCAGACUGAAUCCCGAAAUAUUACCGAAGCACUACCUCUGAAGCAUUAUAUUCCAGCUUGUAACUCAUCAAUGUUUGAGUACGCUGUCUUGCAUGAUAUAUUUAGCCAAAAUAAUGUAAAUAUAUCUGCAGCUGCAGCCUCCUCGUUAUUGUCAUUUAGAGAUAUUCAAAAACUACAUCAAUGGAAGGACAAUGUAAUCUCGAAUCGAAUCUUUUUAGAUGACGAUUUCGCUAUAGAUGUUGAUAACUUAAUUUCUUUUUACAAAUCUCUGAAUGUAUACAAUAAAUUAAAUUCUCUAUAUUCACCUGUGGGCGAGCUACUUUCUUCUUAUUCUCCAAAAACUACAGCAGAUAUCCAGCACUUGAAUCCUAUGUUGAACGUUUACUUCAUUUCCACUUUAAUUCAAAAUGCUCCAAAGUUGUCGAGUGAAGAAACUGCUUACUUAUUUGCAUCCCUGGGUCUUUUAUUGCAUAAUGAGAAGAACUUAGAACUUACUUUGAAUAAAGCUAUUAAUGGUAAAGUGAAUGACUUAUCAUAUCUUCAAUUGUCUGCUGCAAUUAUAAACGGUCGAACUUUAAAGAUAGUUCCAAGAAUUCCAAUAUUUGGAAUUUUGAAAUCAUUAGAGAACUUUAUUAUUAACUAUAUCAGAAGAGAUGAAUUGUAUACUGAGAAAGCUUCAUACUAUCAAAUAUGGAAGCUAUUAAUAAUUUGGAAUUGCAUUUUUGAAACUUCUAGUAUUAAAGAUGAGGCCCGUUUGAGAGUUUAUAAAAGUGUCUUAGAAAAUUGGACCAAAGAAGCAUCAGCUGUCGGCAUAAUCGCCGAUGAAGUUUCAUCCAUUAUUAUCGACUAUGAUAAGAUGUUAGACGUACAAAAAGGUAAAUCUAUGAAUAUUAUUUGGGAUAGAUAUCGUAAAAGAUUUCCAUCAACUGAAGAAGGCUGGAGUUUAUGGUCUUCCUUGAAUGCUCUGUCUACGGAGUUUGACAGUGUCUCUUCCUUACAAUUUUCCGAAUCUUAUGAUUUUAUUUCAGAUUUAAGAGAUUCCUUCGUUAUUAUAGCUGAAGAUAUCCUCUCUAAUAACAUUACAAACAUAGACGAGCUGUUUUCGACGCUAAAAGAUGGUAUGAACCACUUAAACGCUAUAUCAGGUAAAUUUUUAAAUAAAAGGAAACACUACUUAACAACUGAAUUUGAUUAUCUUCUUCGAUUACUGUCUAGUUCUCAAGGAAACAGAAAAAGUUAUAAGUCAAUAAUUUCGCUAUCUUCUGUUUCUACCGCAGCUUAUAUCAAAAUUCAAACAAAUUCACAUUCUUAUCCAUCUGUAUUCGAUUUAUUAUGGUCAAAGAAUUCAGAUGAUAAAUUUAUUUCUUAUACCACAACAUUAAUUGAUACUUCUUUUUUUGAAAAUAUUUUAAUUAAAUCUAUCAAUUUGAAAAAGUUCACAGGUAGCCAAAUUCUUCAGACUUUAAACGAUGCAACCACAUUAUUGUCUUCUACUAUUGAUCUCUCAGGCGAUAUUUUGAUUAACCAGUACCAUGUAUUUAAUACCCACUUGGAUCAAUGGAUCAGAGACAUAAUUCAAUUACACGCUAAUAUUGAUGUCACGCAAUUGAAAAUUGGUGAAAUUUGUAAGGUGGUUAUCGAUAACUGUCCUAAAUAUUUCAUCGAUGUGUUUAAUAAUUAUUUACUUCCUGUGUUACAGUAUUUACAGGAACCACCUACAAGUGAAUUUAUUGGUAAGAGUUGGAUUCUAUUCGGUGUCGCCCUAAUUAAUCUAUAUGCUCCAGAUGCUCCAGUUGAUCCUGCUAUUAACGAUUAUGUUUUGUAUGAUAUAUUUGAAAAACAUCGCGAUUACACACAGGGUAUGAUCGAUAGUUGGCAAACAAUUCGCUCUAUUUCUAGUGGUAAUAAUAAACUGCUUAUUGAAACAGGAAUUAAAACCAUAUCUGAUAAUGAUAAACCUUCUAAACCUAUGGUAUAUCGUUCCACCAGCUCAAUAGAUAAUUUAUACGAUGAAUGGUCUGCCUUUUUAGAUUCUACAAUUUCUGAUAAUCAAGUUGUCAAUUUGCUACAAUCCAUGGAUGAAACGUCUGAGGUAUCACACAACCGUUUGAAUAUGUUUCAACAAAAUUCUUCUCAUUUCUUAAACCGUAUGGAUACUGCUUUCUAUACAUAUGCAGAUGUAAAUGAAAUUUUUAAAGGUUAUAUUAUUUGUCUAAAAUUGGGUUUUGACUUAGUAAAACAAGCUAAGUUGGAUGCCAAAAAACCAACUUCAUUAUCGCGUAUGUGGUCCAUUGACCCAUUACAAGUUAUUAGCAUUUCAAAUAUCAAUACUGCAUUUACUGAAAUAUCCACGUUAAUGAAAAAAGGUACUAUUAAUUCUUUAAUAACAGAAGAUAUUCUUAUUUUCUUUUUGAAUCUUUUAGAUUUCCACAAAUCAGAUUCUGAUAUAUUACCUCUCUUAAGCAAAGUUUUGCAGAUGCUGUAUUAUAGAUGGUCUUUAAGAAGAAUGAAAGAUGAAGAAGCCCAACAAAAUAAUGCUAAUCUUUACAAAUUUAAAGAUAAUUCUGAAGAUUAUGAAGAAGAUUUUAAACAGAUGUUCCCUGACUAUGAAAAUGUUGUAUCUCUAGAUGACACAAGUGCGGAAUUAUUAGACGACAAUCUUGAGACACUAUAUUACAAUAUUGCCAAAAACUAUAUUAAAUUAUUUAGUGACGGUCCAUCUAAUUCUUUGAAAGAAACUAUUAUUUCAGGUUCUAGAGUGAGCGAGUUAUUAAUCGAUAUUCCUAAUUACUUUAAAUCACAUUUGAAUACUGGGUCCCAACUAUCUGCAAUCUUGAAUAUUUUUUCAAAUGAAAUAAGUGCCUUUCAAGAUACCGUAUCUGAUGAAGACAUAGAUUUCUACAAUGGAUUUUCUAUAUCAGAAUCCCAAAAGUCUAUUAUGAUAAUUGAUAACUUAUGGCACACAGUCAAUAGCUUACUUGAACAAUGGCCUGAACAUGCAACAUUAAGGGAACUAUUUAGAAUAUGUGAAGAGUAUCUUAAUUACUCUGUUGAGACUCCUAUUUCUAGAUUAUUACAAAAAUUAGAACAAAUUUACACAUUUGUAGUGGAAUGGGAAAAAUAUGCUGCUUCGAAAGUUUCAUUAGAAUAUCACAGCAAGCGUAUAACUGACCAAAUUGUAUCCUGGAGAAAAUUAGAAUUGAAAACAUGGAACAAUUUGUUUAAAUUUGAAGAUAUCAAGCUAGAAAAAAAUAUCGGAAAAUGGUGGUUCUACUUAUUUGAAACUUUGAUUGCAACAGAAAGUAACCAUGAUGCAGAUACAAAAAAUAAUACCAGUAUUCUAUCAGCGUUGAACAUUUUCUUGAGUAAGAGUACGGUUGGUGAAUUUUCGUCCCGAUUAGCUAUUUUACGAGCCUUUGAAAACCAUGUGUCGAUGAUUUCUAAUGUUCCUUUAUUACAUGCUAUCCAAAAUUCUAUCUCAUACUAUUCACAAUUUCUUCCCUCAGUUUCUGAAUACAUUAAGAAAGGUAGAAAAACUUUAGAAAAGGAUAUCAAGGAAGUCAUUUUACUAGCAAGUUGGAAGGAUGUGAAUGUCGAUGCUCUAAAACAAAGUUCUCGUCGUUCACAUAAUAGCCUGUAUAAGAUAGUGCGUAAAUACAGACAGCUGCUUUCAACUGAAACAUUUACUAUAAUAGAAAGUGGAAUUCCUUCAACCGACCACCCAUUGCUUAAGAGUUAUCCUUUGGUUCCAAUUACACCCAGAUAUACUGAUAUUACUGCUGCUAAAAAACUAUUGUCAUCAAUGACCAUUUGGAAUGAUAGAACUACCCCUCUGAGAAAUGUUCAUUUGGUUAGCCGUAAUAUGUCCAAUUAUCUAAACAAGCUAUCCGCGUACGAUAUUCCUUAUUUGGAUACUAUUGCAAAAGAAUAUCUGAAAGUAGCUGAAAGAUUACGCUCUGAAACACCAAGUGUAUAUUCAAAAGAAGUAAAGAAAACAUUAUCGGCUUUGAAGGCACAAAAGAGUAAAAGCUUAAGUGAUGCAUUGAAAGAGUUGAAACGUAUUGGUUUAAAGACAAAUUUUAGGGAUGAUAUCCAUAAGGUUCAAUCAACUGCAACAACAAUUCUAGCAAAUAGCUCUUCUUUCUCUUCCACGCCUAUAAAGAAUUCUGAUUCUUAUUUUUUCAGAAUUUUAGACAUAUUACCACGCUUGAGAAGCCAUGCUUCAAAUCCCGCAGAUGACAUCCCAAUUACAAGUAUUGAAAGAGGUAUGGCUAUUUGUGAAAAUUUAAUAUUUUCCUUAAUUACAAUUAGAAAGCCUAUUUACGAGCUGACUAAAAAAUAUGAUACAUUAGAUUCACUUCGCUCCAAUUUUGAAAAAGCUUACUUAACUGUUGGAGAUAUGAAUAGGCCAUACUUGCAAACUAGUAUGACUUCAGUUUCCUUCUUUUGUAAAUGGUUACCAGUUCUCUUAGAUUAUGCAUCUGAAACAAUAUUGCUUAUUAACAACUCUUCAGACGAAGAAAUAGAUAUUUCUUUGUUCAAACAAACAAAAGAUAAAUUAUCUAAUUUCUCUUCUAGGAUUGUAGACGUUCAAAUUUUUGAUGGCACAGUUUCCACAAUUCUAUCGGAAUUUGAUUCAUUUUUAACUGAUUUUUCUACUAAACUGAGAGACAUGAAAUCACCUAACACACUUUACAUCAUUGAUCUAUUACUAUCUUGGAUGGAAAAUAAUAGGAAGCUUUCUCCUGAAGUAAUAGAAACCUCUAUCCCUAUUGAUGAUAUUGAUGCAAGCUUCCGCAAAAUUUACACAUCGAUUCUUCUAGUCUUCCAAAAAUUCAUUGAAGUUGAAAUCGAACCUCUCUCAGAAGAGGAUGAUAAAUGGCUAUCUACUGCAUCUCAAAAUAUGAUGAAAAAUAUGAAAUUACUACACAUUAAAAAUGUUUUAGCGAAUAUGGAAUCUACCUUUUCCUUGUUGAAAUCUUGCAAAAUUACUGAUAAGUCGGAAACUGUUAGAGCAAUUGUAAGUUUUACCAUGCCCGUCAUCAAUCAUUACUACACUUUAGUCAACACAAUUCUAGAAAAUGCAAGAAAAUAUUAUUCCAGAACAUCAUAUGGUGCUUUUAUUUUAUGUGUUAUACUUGAUAAUCUUUCUAAGAAUGGGUUUUGUUCUCCCGAACCUCCAUCUGAAGAAGUUGAUGAUAAGAAUUUACAUGAAGGUACAGGUAUGGGUGAUGGUGAAGGUGCUGAAAAUAAUUCAAAUGACAUUGAUCAAGAUGAAGAUCUGACUGAAGAUGCACAAACGGAAAAUAAGGAGCAAGAUAAGGAUAAAAACGAAGAUGAAAAUGACAAUAAUGAAGCUGUUGAUAUGGAAGGUGAUAUGGCUGGUGAUUUAGAAGACUUAUCUGACCAAGAGGGUGAUGAAGAACAAUCUGAACCGGAAGAAGAAGAUCAAUUAGAUGAAGAAAUAGACGAUCUUGGCGAAGAUGAUCCAAAUGCUGUUGAUGAAAAAAUGUGGAAUGAGGAGCCAGAAGAAGAUACAAAAGAAAAAGAUACUGACCAACAACUAGAUAACUCUGGCGAUAAUGAUGAUGUUCAGGCAAAUGAUGAAGAAGAUAAGGAAAAUAUAGGUGAAAAUGAAAAUGCCUCUAAAGAAGAUACGCAACAGGACAAUGACAACGAUAAGAAUAAUGAAGAACAAAAUAAUAUAGAUGAAAACGGCAAUGAAACAGAUGGCUCAGAUAAUCAGGAAGAUGAUGAAGAAGAACUUGCUGAGCAGGAAGAUAAUGUAAAAAACGAAUCUAAUGAAGAAUUGGAACAGAAUGUCCCUGAUGUUGAUACAAUGGAUUUACCUGACGAUAUAGAUUUAGAAUCUGAUGAAAACGAGGAAGCUGAAAAUAACGAUGUGGAUGAUAAUGAUAACCUAAGUGAAUCUGAUGAAGAGAUGCUAGACAACUUAGAUUCUCCUGACAAUCUUGAAAAAGAGGAAGAAAACUCAAAACUUGAAGAAGACCAGAAUAUAGGAUCCCAAGAGGACUCAGAUAUUGAAGAAGAAGAAGAAAUGGAUAUUGAUACUGAUAAUAAAAAACAAGGCGAUACUGAAGACGUAGAUGAUGAUGAUGAUGAUGAUGAUGAUGAAAUGAAAAAAGACAUGUCAGACGAAGAAUUAAUUGAUCAAGAAAAUAAUCAAGAUGAUACUAAAGAAAAAAGUGGUGAAGAAUAUGCUGAAGGCCUAGAUGGCGUGGAUGAAGAAAUCGCUGAUGCUGAGGAAGUCGAUACUGAAGCAGCUAUCCAACAAAAUUCUGGUACUAAAGGUUCUGGUUCAGACGCUAAAACUGAAGAAGAACAGGAUGAUAUUGGUACAAGUGGAGAUACGCAAAAUAUGAACAAUGAAGAACAAGAAAAUGAUUUAGGCGAACAAAAUGACAUCAGAUCUGAAGCUCGUAAAACUCUAAAGCAAUUAGGUGAUGCAAUGAAGGAGUUUCAUAAACGUAAACAGGAAAUCAAAGAAGCCUCUCAAAAUGAAAAAGAUGAAGAAUCAAAUGAUUCUGCUAAUCAACGCCCUGAUGAGUUUGAACAUGUUGAUGGUACAAACACGGAACAUGAAACUCAGGCAAUGGGUGCAGCUAAUCAAGAAGAAAUUCAAAGUAUAAACGAAAAUUUAGCAGUUGAGGAUGAUAAUAAUACCAAUGAAGAUCCUAAUACGGACGACAUUAAACAAGAGGAAGAAGAUUUAGAGUCAUUUAAUGAUGAAAAUACCGAAACUGAUAAUACUAAAAGUAAUGAGAAUGAAAUUUCUGAUGAAAAAACUGGAUUUAUAGGCGAAAAAAGACAAAUUUUCACUGAAAAUGAAAAGCUUUUACACGACACUAUAAUGAAUAAAGCCUAUACUGAUGAAUUAGAUCAAUUAAUGGAAGAAGUUGAUGAACAAACCCAUGAGGAAGCAGACAUGCAAGAACCUCCGAGAUCGAAGAAGGAAGCUCGUGAAUUGUGGCACAAGAGUGAAUUAUCUACCGCUGAUCUAGUUUCUCGUUUGAGUGAGCAAUUGCGUUUAAUUUUAGAACCAACUUUAGCAACUAAACUAAAGGGUGACUAUAAAACUGGGAAAAGAUUGAAUAUGAAGCGUAUCAUUCCAUACAUUGCUUCUCAGUUCCGUAAAGAUAAGAUCUGGCUAAGAAGAACUAAACCAAGUAAACGUCAAUAUCAAAUUAUGAUUGCAUUAGAUGAUUCAAAAUCAAUGAGUGAAUCUAAUUGUGUUAAAUUGGCAUUCGAUAGUUUAUUCUUAGUGUCCAAGACUUUAACACAACUAGAAUCUGGUGGAUUAUCAGUAGUUAAAUUUGGUGAAAAUAUUAGGGAAGUUCAUCCAUUUGACAAACAAUUUAGUGACGAUGCUGGCUCUAAUGUCUUCCAAUGGUUUGGUUUCAAAGAAACAAAAACUGACAUCAAAAGACUAGUUGCAGAAUCUAUUAAGAUAUUUGAACGUGCUCGUAUGAUUAACAAUUCAGAUCAAUGGCAAUUAGAAAUUAUUAUCUCUGAUGGUAUUUGUGAAGAUCAUUCUACCAUAGAACGUUUAGUACGCCGUGCUAGGGAAAAUAAAAUCAUGUUAGUUUUUGUUAUCAUUGACGGUAUUAACUCCAACGAAUCUAUUAUGGAUAUGAGUCAAGUUAAGUAUGUACCUGAUCAUAAUGGUAACAUGCAACUAAAAAUAGACAAAUACUUAGACACUUUCCCAUUCGAAUUCUAUGUUGUUGUUCAUAAUGUUAGCGAAUUGCCAGAAAUGCUGUCAGUUAUUUUACGUCAAUAUUUCUCAGAUUUGGCUUCUUCUUGA